CUCUUGUGCAGACGUGUAACCAUCCUCGUUAUCAUUAUCUCCCGAGCCUUUGCCUUCCCGGCUCUCUGAGCACGAUGUCCACAGCUCCGGCCAGCAAUGGGGUGUUCGUCGUCAUCCCACCCAGCAAUGCCAGCGGCCUCCGCCCGCCCCCGGCCAUUCUGCCCACCUCCCUGUGCCAGCCGCCUGCGAUCAUGCAGUUCGAGGAGCCACCGCUGGGGGCGCAGACGCCAAGGGCCACCCAGCCGCCCGACCUGCGGCCGGUGGAGACGUUCCUGACAGGAGAGCCCAAAGCUUUGGGGACGGUCCAGAUCCUUAUUGGCCUCAUCCACCUGGGCUUCGGCAGCGUGCUGCUCAUGGUCCGCCACGGCCACGUGGGGAUGCUCUUCAUCGAAGGUGGCGUCCCCUUCUGGGGAGGAGCCUGCUUCAUCAUCUCCGGGUCCCUCUCAGUGGCAGCCGAGAAGAACCACACCAGCUGCCUGGUGAGGAGCAGCCUGGGGACCAACACUCUCAGCGCCAUGGCGGCCUUUGCCGGGACAGCGAUUCUGCUCAUGGAUUUUGGUGUCACUAACUGGGAUGUGGGCAGGGGCUAUCUGGCCGUGCUUACCAUCUUCACCAUCCUGGAGUUCUUCAUCGCGGUCAUUGCCACCCACUUUGGGUGCCAAGCCACCCGUGCCCAAGCCCAUGCGCCUGUGAUUUUCCUGCCAAACGCCUUCAGUACAGACUUCAACCUCCCUAGCCCUGCAGCCUCUCCACCCCCCGCCUAUGACAAUGUGGCAUACGUGCCCAAAGAGUCGUCCGAGUAGAUGAUGGUCACGCCGGGGGGUGGAGUCCCGCCUUCCCCCUCCCCCAGACCCAGCCUUUCCCCACCUCCACCUCGUUAAUCUGGGGGCAGCCCCCUCCCCCCCAUCCUCACAUAUUGUGGCACAGAGUGGAAUUUCUGGGGAUGCUGCCCCACACAUUUCCCGCAGUGGCUAAUUGAUGUCAAGGGUGUGUGUCCCUCUGAGCCCAUUAAUCAGGAGAUGUCCCCAAGAGCCCCUCUGCAUUUCUCUCUGCUCCCUCCUUAGAAACCCUGGCCUCAUCGGGAGGCAAGUUCAAGGGCUUGGGGGACGGUCAUUAAGCUCAGAAAGCCCAGAAUCUUCGAGAAGGGAGCACUCAGUGCAGCUGCAGAGGCCACAUGGCCAGCAGCGGCUUGACCUUGGGUCUCCAGGCCCCAGGACCAGCUCUGCCCUUUCUCUCUGGGGCUCCUUUUUCCCGCCUGGAAACUAAAGUGUUGAACCAAAUGAUAUUUAAGGCUCUUUGCACUUGCUCCUUGAAGUCCUAGGUCUAAGUCAGAUCUUGCCUACCCCCAUUGUCCCCGGAAACAUCUGGAAUCCUUACUGACUCAGCCCUGCCCAUCCCCCAGGGCUGGGGGACUUGCGGGGGAGGGCCCAGGCCAGCGCCCCCCACCUCCACCCCAGCACCCCGGGCAGCAUCUGCAGGUGCACAGCAGUAGUGGCCCCCCUCCCUGAGAGGCUCCCUCCCUCCCUCCCCACCCCCAGUUGGAGGAGAAGCCUGCUUCUGAAGGUACCAGGAGCUGGGCUGGGUUUCCAGGCCAAGGAGACACCUCCACCUGGUAGUCAGAGACCCUGGUGGAUGGCUUCUUUCAUCUUACCACAGAGGGAAAUAAACCAUGCUUACAAUUUGAUCUGGUCUCAUAGCAAUGACUUGGCCCAACUAAGCAGGCAUUCAUGUCCCCUCU